AUGUCGACGCCUACCGCUCGGAAGCCCCUUUCCAAUACUCCCAAUUCGAGCCCCCGCCGACCCUUGGAUGGAAGUCCAGCAAGGCCAACUUCUUCAGCAUCCGCAACCAGUGUCGGACAAGGUCUGGCUAGAAGUCCUUCACUACGAAACCAGAGGCCAGUGAGGAGAUCGAACGCCCGUAUGAGCACCUCCUUCACGCCUGACCAAUUAGAACAAGAAGACGAGGAUGAGAAGAACGCGAACAUGCAGCCCAUUGCUGAUUUGAAGGAGCAAGUAUCGCGCGCGGAGCAAGCGUCUGAACAGUAUCGCAAACAACUUGAAGUCAUGCAGCAACGCCUUGAUGAUGCCACCAAUGAACAGACGGCUGCCGAAGAACGCGAUUUCGCGCGGCAAACCGAGCUAGACAAGUUACGCGCCGAGAUCAAAGAGUCGGCGCGCCAGAACAGAGAACUGGAGACCUCCUACGAAUCCGAUCAUCGUAUGCUCCUCCAAGAAAGAGAAAGCCAAUCCUCGAGAGAAGCCGAACUCCAGGCUGUGAUAAACAGAUUGAACGAGACAUUGCGGAACAAAGGCAUUGAAAAGUCAAAUGCUAGUCGAGCAGCCUCUCUGCCUGAUCCUGCGGAUGGUGGCCCAGACCAAUCUACCAUGCAUCUGGCGGCUCUACAGGAGAAAGAUACAGUGAUCGAAGCAAUGCGCCUUGAACUCGCUGAACUUCACUUGCAGGCUGCCGAACAGUCUCACAUGGGUGACGGGCAUCUUCAGGAUCUUGAGAAAGAGAUCUUAGACACUAAGAUGCAAAAUGCUAGAUUGUUAGAGGAGAACGAAAGCUUCCAGAUGCUACUAAGUGAGAAGACUUUGAAGGGUGAUUUCGCUCUUGAUCACCACGAAGAUGCGGUUUCAGGUCUGAACUCUCUAGCUGAGGAGCUGGAGAGCGCCGGUGACGACCCUGAAGCACAAAGCGAAGCAGUCAAAAAGAUCGAAAGCGAGAAUCGGGCCUUGAAGGAUCAGAACAAAGCUUUGACCCUCUACGUCGACAAAAUCAUAGGACGUCUGCUCAGCAACCCCGGCUUUGAACAUAUCAUUCUGGAUAAGGAUCCUGGAGAAGCAGACAUGCCGCCACCGCCACCGCCCAAGACCCCAGGUAAGGCUCUGCCGCCAACGCCUGCUGGAGGUCCUGAUGAGGCAGCGCAAAGCGCCGUUGGCGGCUUCUUGCAAAGGGCUAGGUCAGUUGUGGCUCGCGGCAACGCGCCUCGACCAAGUCGUCCCGAAUCAAUGCUACAAGCAUCGGCACUGGCUCCCACGGCACACGAAAACCCUGAGACAGCCCCUAGCAUUCCCAUAAAUCGCGGUCACAGAAGAGCUCGGUCUGACCAAGCCCAACAAGACGCCAACGUCGCCGCAGCCGCCGUGGUGCAACAGAUGACUCGCAGCUCUACCUUCCGGUCGCCCUCGUCUGGCCCUAUGUCUCCCGGACUGACACCACUGUCUCCACAACUUUCAUCUGGAAGCAAACCGAACUACUUCCCCUCACCAUCCAACACUUCACAAGCAGGCAGCACCACGACAACCGCACGGGUGCCAUCUACGUCGCUCCAAAACACCGGCAGCUCGCGCAACAGCGUCGCUUCAGAUGGUAGUUUCGGCCACGACAAGUCGUCCGUCACCGAUGCGAGCUCCGUUCAGAUCAGCAAUGCCCCUGGGCCGGGACCCGCAAUCCCCGGUGCGGUCAUGAAGCAGAACCAGAUGCGACCCUUACGGCUAGUCAACCAGGUCAAGGACGAAGAGGAGGCGCAGAAGAAGGCCAACCGCGGCAGCUGGAUGGGCUGGUUCAAUCGUGGUGCCGCGGAGCAGGCUCCUCAGGGCUAUCAAUGA